CUGAGUGUUUUGCUUGCAGCUGACUAUUGGGUCGCCCUUUGUGUUCUUUACCGUCGACUUGUGGUUCUGAGCAUACAGCUGACAGAUGAUGAAGAUAUCACAAAAACCAAAAAUAACGGGCAAGUGUUUUUUCGAACAGGCAGCGUCGAUCCACAAAAAACAGCGUUAUUGUCGCGAUUAAUCACAUGCACAGGAAGUCAACGACGGCCAUUAGCCACUAUGAAUGGGGCACGUUGUUCAAUUGGGGCAUCAUUUGUUAACGGGAAAAUUAUUGUUUGCGGUAACAUUGAUGUGGAUGCAUUGGAAGAGGAAUGCUUAGGUGGCUAUGACCGUGGUGAAUGUUUGAAAUCUGUGGAAGAAUAUGAUGUGAUGAUUGGGGAAUGGAAGCAGUUGCAUUCUAUGAUAGAAGAACGAGGACGAUUUGACAGCGCUGUUCUGAAUGGAUUGGUCUAUGCUAUUGCCGGAAGUAAUGGCAACAACGAUCUGAAGACUGCUGAAGUUUUUAAUCCGAAGACCAACCAAUGGUCGCCGAUUCCACCGCUUAGUAAGCCGAGAAGCCAUAAUGAUCCUCAUUUUAUCCGACAUCGUGUCUAUCAAUAUUUAUAUGUUUGGGAACCAAUAGCACCCAUGGAGUUAGCUCGAUAUCAAGCAGGAGUUGUCGCUUGGCGCGGUCUCAUUGUAGCCUGUGGAGGAUGCGACAGAUGGAACUGCAUGGAUAGCGUGGAAGCCUAUGAUCCGAAAACGAAUACAUGGCGGAUGCUGUCGAAAUUGCGCACUGGCAGAAGAGGAUGUGCUGUUGCUGUUGUACGUGGUGAGUUUUUUUUUUGUUCUUGAGA